AUGCCUGCCCGGUUGGAUAAUCUUACUAAUUACACCGUGAAUAUCGAAAAUGUUAUUGACAACGAUCUUUUGAACAAUUUUAAAGAUGACUUCAUGCAGCUGGUGAAAAACAACCUUACUCAAAAUGCAUUUUCAAGAAACUCAAUACAGGAUGUUAUAACUAGAGAUGACAUUAAUACAAAAUUGAGAGAUCAAUUCAUAUUCAAUAUUGAUAUAGAUAUGCCUAAUUCUCCAUAUAAUAAUCAAGGGGGAUCUGAAAGAUGUUGGGUUUUUGCUGGUUGUAACGUACUCAGAAAUGAAGUAAUUAGAAAAUAUAAUUUGACUACAGACUUUCAACUUUCUCAGUCUUAUGUGUGGUUUUAUGAUCAGUUAGAAAAAGCAAAUCUCUUCCUUGAAAAAAUGGUGAUCCUAGCAGAUGAACCAUUUGAUGAGGUUGAGUCUGAUUUACAGAAACCAGUUGAUGGUGGGGGGUUUUGGGACAAUUUCGCAGCUUUGGUGCUUAAGUAUGGAUUGGUUCCUCAUGACGUGUUCCCAGAUACUUAUCAAGCAAUAGACCCACUGACGUUAGUAAAUGUUUUAACAUCAAAGCUUCAAGAGUUUGGUCUUAAAAUCCGGCAAUUGGGUCAAGAGAAUCCCGAUCAAGUUGAUGAUUACAAGGAAGAAUGUUUACAAGUUAUUUAUAAUAUUCUUGCAUUGACAUUAGGAACCCCUCCAAAACCGGAGGAGGAAUUCACAUGGGAAUUUGCGAAUACAGAUGGUGAAGUAACUAGUUUUAAUACUACAGCGCUUGACUUCUAUGAAGACCACGUUGACUAUAAUGUCACAGAUUUUUUUGUUAUUAUGAAUGAUCCAACAAAAGAAUAUAAUAAAUCAUACGUGGCUAGUGCGUCUGGUAUGGUUAAUCAUACUGCUGCCAUCGGUGUCAACGUUGAAAUUAAAAAAAUGAAAGAUAUAGCUAUUGACAUGUUGAAAGAUGGAAAAGCUGUUUAUUUCGCAGCCAAAUAUGACUUCAGUGUGAGUGAAACUAAAGGUGUUUUCGACACUGAAAUUUUUGAUUUUUAUUCUGCCUUUGAUUUUGAAUUGAAUUUGGAUAAGAAAGAACGAAAACUCCUAAGUAUUGGUGCUAAUCAUGCCAUGGUCAUUGCUGGUGUUCAUAUUGACCCAAAUACCAAUGAGCCUGUUAGAUGGAAAGUUCAAAAUUCGUAUGGUACUGAGAAGGGACAUAAUGGUUGGUUUUUGAUGACUGAUGAUUGGUUUGACGAAGCUGUCGAUCAAAUUGUUUCAAGUAAAGACUAUGUCAGUGAUGAGAUUUACGAUAUUUGGACUAGCGGAGAAUAUUACGAGUAG